CCCGAUUCCCCUUUGUUCAGAUUCGCCAUUUUGCGAGGCAGCGGCAGUGGCGGCGGCGGCGGCGGCUGGAGCCUCUGAUUGGGUUUCGGGGUCCGGUACUGGAGCCAAUCAGCGCGGGCAGCGAACCGGGGGAGCGAGGCACGAAACAUUGAAAAAGUUGUGGGAGAGCUAGGCAGACUGAAUACAACAGGCUCACUUUUGUCAUGAUCUUGGGCAGAGAAGCACUUGAGGAAGGCAGUGUGUCAGAUCGCAGUUCUAGCUGCAGUGAUGGAAGCAGGCACAUGUAGCCCACUGGAGCCAAGAAGCAAGUGCCACUGUUCCCUUACUAAUGCAGACUGGCGCCUGCGUUUGGAGCUGCCACUGCUUUUCAAACCCUUCCAGGAGUCCCUAGCUGGCAGCUGCCUGGGAUCUGUAGAGUGAAGCCACAGGACUCUUAACGUGGCGGGGCCAUGGAGCAGUAUACAACAAACAGCAAUAGUUCCACAGAGCAGAUCGUGGUGCAGGCUGGCCAGAUUCAGCAGCAGCAGCAGGGUGGUGUCACUGCUGUCCAGUUGCAGACUGAGGCCCAGGUGGCAUCCGCCUCAGGCCAGCAAGUCCAGACCCUCCAGGUAGUCCAGGGGCAGCCAUUAAUGGUACAAGUCAGUGGAGGCCAGCUAAUUACAUCAACUGGCCAACCCAUCAUGGUCCAGGCUGUGCCGGGUGGACAAGGCCAAACUAUCAUGCAAGUACCUGUGUCUGGAACACAAGGUUUACAGCAGAUACAGUUGGUCCCCCCUGGUCAGAUCCAGAUUCAGGGUGGGCAGGCAGUACAAGUGCAAGGCCAGCAGGGUCAGACCCAGCAGAUCAUCAUUCAGCAGCCACAGACUGCAGUCACCGCCGGCCAGACUCAGACACAACAGCAAAUUGCUGUCCAGGGACAGCAAGUGGCCCAGACUGCUGAAGGGCAGACUAUCGUCUACCAGCCAGUUAAUGCAGAUGGCACAAUUCUCCAGCAAGUUACAGUCCCUGUUUCAGGCAUGAUCACCAUCCCAGCAGCCAGUUUGGCAGGAGCACAGAUCGUUCAGACAGGAGCCAACACCAACACAACCAGCAGUGGACAGGGGACUGUCACUGUGACACUGCCGGUGGCGGGCAAUGUGGUCAACUCAGGAGGAAUGGUCAUGAUGGUGCCUGGAGCUGGCUCCGUGCCUGCUAUCCAAAGAAUCCCUUUACCUGGAGCAGAGAUGCUGGAAGAAGAGCCCCUGUACGUGAAUGCCAAACAGUAUCACCGCAUCCUAAAGAGGAGACAGGCACGGGCUAAGCUAGAAGCCGAAGGGAAAAUUCCAAAGGAAAGAAGGAAAUACCUGCACGAGUCUCGGCAUCGACACGCCAUGGCGCGGAAGCGUGGUGAAGGGGGGCGGUUCUUCUCUCCAAAAGAAAAGGACAGUCCUCACAUGCAGGAUCCAAACCAAGCUGAUGAAGAAGCCAUGGCACAGAUUAUCCGAGUUUCCUAACCACAGGAGGGUGGCAGAGCUGAUGAGUCAUGUUCCUCUCCACUGUUUCCACUGUUUGGAAAUGGACCGACUCUUCCAAUGGGACACUGAUGAUUGCACUCUGCCCUUGCUCAGGACAGGAACUGCUUAGCUCAGUAUUACAGCUGCGGUGGUGGCUGAUGAACUGGAGUUGCCAGCCUUUGUCUCACUCUUUCAUUCAGGACCUGUUUCAGACUGGUGGUGACACUGACCUUUUGUGAAUCUGGAUGAUACAAGAAGGUAUUGACCAGCCCAGCGUUACACACACGGCACUUCUGUUGAGUAGUAUGAGGCCAGCCAGUCAGCCAUUGAGUAGGGAGAGCAGCCUUCUCACCUUGGUCUGCAGUCAAGGCAGCCAGAGCCCAUGCCUUCCUGUGGAGUAUCACCAGCAUCCAUCCCCUGGCGGGAUGUCGGGCUGGCUGAUGCACUGCACUAGGGCGGCUUUCAAGAAAGAGAAGCUUCAUGUUCGGACAUGGAGCAGCAGACUGAACUGCAGUCUCUGGCUGUGAUAAGAACCUGUCUGCCCACAUGCUAGGUUGGUUUUACUUCAGCCAAGAAAGUCCAGAGGGGAUAUUUUGGACUCAGGAUAAAAGGAUAGAAGACCUUGAGGACUGUCUGAAAGGUACGUCACUGACUUAGCUCUGACCGGCCUGCUCAUCCCUGUUAACAGGCCUUCUGGGCCGUCAUUCGUACUGGGGCCACUUUAAAGACAGUUCAGAGAGUAGAUGGACCUCGCAGCAGAUUUUCCCAGUAGGAACAAAACUUCACAACAUCUGUGCUGAAGUAUCGACGUGUACGGUGGUUCUUCAACAGAGCAAACCUAGGAUUUUUAAUCAUGGGCUUUAUGACAGCAAGUAGGGAAGGGAAGGAUCUUUGCAUUCCAGUCUAGAGAGCAAGUGUCCUGCCUGCCCGGGUGCUGCCAGAGAGCAUGAUUCUCCAAUGGCUGGAUACCAGGCCUGGGUCUUAAGCUGAAGAGACCACGUCACUCACAUUCACACUGACAACCUUCGGCCGUGCACUAAGGGGAUUUGGAGGUGUGCUCCUUCCAUUGUCUGAAGAAGCACUGUUGAGGUGGCCAUCCUGGAUGCGGACUGGAACACUGCUUCCCCCACCCCACCCCCGCCCCUCUUCGUGCUGGCCCAGAGGGUGAAUGUUCUUCCCAUGGCAGCUGAUUUCUUUGGUGCCAGUUCCCACUGUUUUCUCCUUUCUCUGUAGGCCUUGCAGCAAGGUUUGCGCACACAUCUGUGCUGUAGGGAUCAACUACAGACUGGGAAGAAGAUUCCUGCAGGGUCAGGAAUUGGGCCAUAGCUCCCAGGAUGAGUUGGGCCUCAGAAAUCUGUUUUCUGGACAAGCACUCUACCACUGAGCCACACACACCAGCCCGGAAUCUUCUGUGGAUGCUGAGGCUGGAGGAGAAGAGUUGGCUGCCUGCUCUGCAAUCAGAGUCAAAUGCAGUCAUUCCAAAGACUUCGGUUGGGGAUUGGUUAAAAAAAAAUACCAGUCAAGUCUAAAGACUGGCUCUUUGACUUUGUUCUGUGUUAAAGAUGGGAAAGAUUUUAACCUUAUAACGGAACAUCACAGGGAGACCAGUUUAAUCGGGGAAGCAUGAAGUAAGCCAUCGCUUCGGUCUCCCAGGAAUCUUGCCAUUUCUCCUGGCUUCCAGAUGUCAGAGGGGGCUAAUCCUUUUUUAGUAAACUCACUAGAAAUUUCUGGCUCUUCACAUGAGCUUUCAGAUAUUACUGAAAACCAUGAGGAAUUUCUGCCUUGGUGGUGGUGAGGAUUCUAAUAAGGGAAGGGUUCAGGGAUUCCUCAGCCCUAAUGUCUAGUGCUUACGCCAGCAAUUGUAGAAUGUUAUUUAUUUGUCUCUAUAAGUUUGUAUAUAAUCUUAACCUCAUAUUGUUGCUGAGUUUCAUUUUGAGGAAGGCAAGUUUGAGUUUGAUUUCCUUUGAAACAGAUGCUUGGGUUUCCAUUUUGCCCCUGCAUUGCUGUUAGCUCAUGACCCUUUCAUUGUGGUGUUGUAGCACAAGCUAACAGCCUGUGGGGGCGGGCUGGGUUUGGGAUUCUCGUUUGUUUAACUUAGUUCUUUUACUUGUUCUUGGGAUUGUAGUGAUGACUUCAAAGACACAGUGAGUGGAGGAGCGGGCUGCUGGUCUGUUGCAUCUCUGUACUUCCUGAGUGCUGCUGUUGCAGGGUAGCUAAAUGUAUAUAUUUUAAUUGCACUGGUAAUGGGGCAUGCCAGUGUCUAGACACUGCACCAACAGCCUCUCCUGGCUCCAGGGUGCCUGAUAAUAAUGUCUUGAUUUUCCUUUGGGUCUCAACUAUGUAGGGCUCCCCACCAGCAAGGGGGGUACAGGUGAUCAUUGGUGUCAUUGCAAUUUUUUUUUAAUAAAUUUAUAAAAAUGGUAAAAAGUGGUUUGA